CCAGCGUCCUCUGUGAUAGGCUGUUAAGAAUUGGCGGGUGGAAGAGCAGCGGGUUCGAACACAACAACACAAACGUCUCGACCGGUUCCAGCGUCUGUUUGUAUCCGCUGAACGAGUCGCAUCUCCGGGAUGGAAGUGUGUCACCAGGACGGCGGAGUCACGGAGGUUUCAGAGCAGCUGGAAAAGUCUUUGUCCAUGGAUACAGACGACAAGAUGGAGGCUUACCACAGAUUCAUUCAGGAUGGUAAAGAUGUAGCCAGACAAGGGAACCUGCACAAAGCGCUGGAGUUCUUCAAACUUGCUCACAACCUUCACCAGAAUGAAAAACUUGAGCGGAGAAUAAAGAAAAUUGAAGAACUUGUUUCUGAGAACGACUCAGAGGAAGAAGAUGAAGAGUUUGUUAAUGUCAACAACAGCGGUUUGAUGCUUUUUAAAGAAUUACACGACAAACUUUAUGACUACCAGAGGAGCGGACUGGCCUUCUUGUACAGUCUCUACAGAGAUGGUCGCAAAGGUGGGAUCUUGGCAGACGACAUGGGACUCGGUAAAACCAUCCAGGUGAUAUCGUUCCUUUCUGGAAUGUAUGAUAACGAGCUGGCCAAAAACACACUGCUGGUCAUGCCAACUUCGCUCAUCACAAACUGGACCAAGGAGUUUGCUAAAUGGACUCCCGGCAUGAGGGUGAAGGAUUUUCAUGGUACCAACAAAGGAGAGCGGACCAGGAACCUGGAGAAAGUUCAGAAGAGAGGUGGCGUCAUCAUCACCACGUACACGAUGCUAAUGAACAACUGGCAGCAACUGUCGUCAUACCACGGCAGAGAGUUCACAUGGGACUACAUGAUCCUGGAUGAGGCACACAAAAUAAAAACAUCGACCACCAAAACAGCCAAAAGUGCCUCUGCCGUUCCGUCAAAGAACCGGGUUCUUCUCACAGGAACUCCUGUUCAGAAUAACUUGAGAGAAAUGUGGGCGCUGUUUGACUUUGCUUGUCAUGGAACUCUCCUCGGAACAUCUAAAACAUUCAAAACAGAAUAUGAAAACCCCAUCACCCGUGCCAGAGAGAAGGACGCCACUCCAGGAGAAAGGGCUCUUGGCUCCCGGAUGUCAGAGAACCUCAUGACCAUAAUACAACCCUACUUCCUCCGCAGGACAAAAUCAGAGGUGCAGAAAAACAAAAUGAAAAGUACACAUCCUAAAAAGGAACACUCCGACAACAAGGAUCAGAGCCAAGUCCCAAUUCCUCCAAAAGACUCCGGAGCUGUCAUGCCCACGCUGACGAGAAAGAAUGACCUGAUUGUCUGGACGUACCUGAGCGCUGUGCAGGAGGACAUUUACCAGCAGUUCAUUUCACUGGACAGCAUCAAGGAGCUGCUCUUAACCACCAGGUCGCCUCUCGCUGAAUUAACCAUUUUGAAAAAGUUGUGCGACCACCCAAGACUUCUCUCUGCUGGAGCCAUCGCCAAGCUGGGCUUGGAGGAUAGUGCGGCUGAAAACCAGCAGAACAACGACACGGACACUGCUGCUCAUGGCAUCGCUAAUGUUCCUGACGACACGUUAAUAUCAGAGUCUGGGAAAAUGGUUUUUCUGUUUGCGCUUCUUGAACAGCUCAGACAAGAGGGACACCGCACACUUGUCUUUGCUCAUUACAGGAAGGUGCUGGACAUUAUGGAACGCAUCCUGGGAAACAGAGGCUUCAAAGUGUUGAGACUGGAUGGCACGAUAUUAAAGUUAGCAGAGAGAGAGAGACGCAUUGGUCUGUUUCAAACAGAUGAACGCUACUCCGUCUUCCUCCUCACCACCCAGGUUGGUGGAGUUGGCAUCACCCUGACGGCCGCAAACAGAGUCGUGAUCUACGACCCCAGCUGGAACCCAGCGACAGACGCCCAGGCUGUUGACAGAGCUUACCGCAUCGGCCAGACUGAGAAUGUCGUCGUCUACAGGCUGAUCACCUGCGGCACGGUGGAGGAGAAGAUCUACAGACGGCAGGUUUUCAAAGACUCCCUCAUCAGACAGAACACCGGAGACAAGAAGAACCCGUUUCGAUACUUCAGCAAACAGGAGCUGAAGGAGCUCUUCACUCUGGUAGACCCCCGGUCCUCGUCCACACAGCUGCAGCUUCAGGCGCUGCACUCCAGACACCGGCGGACCGACCCCGAACUGGACCAGCACAUCGCCAACCUGCAUGCCAUGGAGAUGUUUGGGAUCUCUGACCAUGACCUCAUGUUUUCGCUUGAACUCAACCAUGAUGAGGAGCUGGAGGACCAGAAAGAGCACCACUACAUCGAGGGGCGGGUCCAGAAGGCGCAUGAGCUGAUGAAGGCAGAGUCAGAGUUGCAGAUGCAGCUGAAGGACAGCAUGGCGUCGAGCACAGAACCAGCCUGGCUCCGACCACCGGUGGACAUCAGCAGCAGAGAGCGCUCCAAUAAGAGAAUGCCAAGAAAUCCAGGACCAAGUCCUUCAUAUCCACUACAUGAUGCCAGUUUAAACGGGUCGCUGGUUGUGGUGGAGUCUGACCAAUCAGGUUCUAGUAAGGAAAAUGAUGAACAGAAUGGGAUUAACCGAGUUAUCGAUCUAACUGCAGAUGACAGUCUGACAGAAGAACAAUCUGUUGUAGAUGUACAUGACGAGCAGAACCUGGACUCUCCCGAACAGCAGUCUAUCAAACAGGACCUGGCAGGAGAGGACACGUUCCCUCAGGAGGGGAUUGACGGGUCUCUGUUGAUGUUGGAGUCGGAUGAUGCUGCAGGUGAUGUAGCAGACGCUUCGGUGCAAGAACAAAUGGACCAAUCAGAGACGUCUUCAGCAGCAGAGGGCAGCCCCGAGUAUGUUACAGCAGUCGAUGAAGACAAACAGCUCAAUGGAAGUUCACAUUCAAAAUACGACUCUGAGAUGGAGUUAAGUCACCAUCGCAUCACAUCUCUCCAGAGCAAAAGACUGUCUGAGCUGCAGGCAUCAAAUUCAAGCUUCAGAGACGACUCGCCGUCCAGAGUCAGCGCUGGACUCGAAUCAUUUGAAGGAAACUUCAAUUUACAGCUGGAGGACAGUGACAUGUUCUCAGAGGAUGAGGUUCAGGAGCAUCAGGAGGCGGAGGAGGAGGCGAAGAAGCUGCUGUCACAGCUGCUGAUCGACGGCAGUUUCGAUGUCAAUAAAUCUCUGUCUGAGAGGCAACACAGCGAAGCUCUGAGACAAAGCCUCAACAACGGCCAUGAAACAGAAGAGUCGAUGAAUGAUUCCGUUGUAGUUACCAGGAAGAGGAGAGCAGCAGUGAUUUCUGAUAGUAGUGAUGAUGAUGAUGAUGAUGAUGAAGAUGAAAGACCACUUGAAAACUCCUUCCAGGUUGUUGGAGCCUCCACUCCUAAAUCCACGCCCGCUGGCUUCCCCCCUCUCAGCUCAAGAAGGAGCAUCGGAGGAAACGCAUCUGUGGCCUCCCGCCGGUCACUUAUCCAGUCCAUCAUCGAAGACGUGGACAACCAGGACCUGGCUGAUGAGGAAGAGGAUGAUUACAGUUCAGAGAGGAAUUCUGAUGAGGCAGAAGAGGACGACGUCAUUGAUUCAUCUCAUGAGCUUCAGCCUGAGGAGACAACUGGAGAAACUCUGAGCACCGAGGAAGAGGAGGAGUCUGAGUCAGCUGACGUCAUCAGUAAAUCCGAAGGGGAAAUGAGCAGCGACCCUGAGGAGUCAGCCAGUGAACCCGAGCUUGCGUCCACUGAGAGAAUGGAUCAGUGCACGGUCGACGCCGGUGUCACGACGAACGGGACGAAAGACGUCAUCGAGUCCGAGAGCUACGACUCCCUGGUCAACAGAGGGCGGGAGUGCUACAGCCAGGGGAAGUCGGAAAAUGCCCUGGGCUUCUUCCUGAGAGCGAUCGACAUCAGACCUGGAGAUCCUGAGAUUCAGCUCAUGACCAUCAGGUUGUAUCAACAGCUGAGUAAGAGAAAGAGAAAAAGAGACUUAGAAUCCUGAAAUCAUCGCAUGUUCAGACUCGAGUUUCUGUGACUCUGAGCUGAAUGAAACAUAAGUUUAAGUCUCAGCGCUGCAGCUCUGAGACUUUAUUCAACCUGUGGGAUUUAAUUUAACACAUGAACAUGAUUCUUUGCACCAAUGGAUUAAAACCUUAAAGGUGGCACAAUAUUUUCUUUAACAUUUAGAUUAACACAGACAGAAGUAUAACUUUUCUUUCUGUGUACGUCUGCAGUUAAAGUCCUGUUUCAUGUUUUAAUGCUUUAUAAAACUCUUUUGAAAUGGUGUUUUCAGUGCAUGUGUUCAGCUCGAUCAAGUUUCUUGUGGGGGAAAAAAUCGACAUCUUAUCAAUCAUUUAUUAUACAAAAUGAAAUCUACAAAAAAAAAAAGUGCCUUUUUGUUUGUCAAAAAGAAGAAAAAAAAUACUUUGUAACCUGUACUUCUAUAUAUUGAUUUAUGAAAACGUUCCAGUAAAACAGAUUUGAAAAUAAAA